GCCGUUCGUUCCUGGAGGUGCGCAUGGUGGAUGGAAAUCAGCAGAGACACCGGAGUGAGUGGUGUGUUCAAUUGAAAUGCCACCAAGGCUCAGUCCUCUUAAAGAUGCCCUUCAUCAUGUUGCCUCAAAGACGGACAAAACAUCGAAACUGGAGGUGAAGUACAUAAAUGCAGUGAAAGGACGUGGUGUAUUCGCCCGAGGUUCAUUCUGCCAAAGAGAUUUUGUACUUGAAUACAGGGGGGCUAUGAUAAAUAAUGCUGAAUACCAGAGAAGAAGACGGAUUUACCACCCAUCAUGUGCUGCAUUUAUGUUUGCAUUCAAGUGGAGAGGGAAUAUAUGGUGAAUCACUCAUUUGGGCGGCUAGUAAAUGAUGAACAUAGACAUCCAAACUGUAGGAUGAAAAGAAUUGAUGUGGAUGGAAACCCGCACCUAUGUCUGUUUGCCCUUAACGAUAUAAGUGAAGGAGAAGAAAUUACCUAUGACUAUGGAGGUGGAGACUGCCCAUGGAGAACACAAAUGACCAUUUCUGCGGCACAUGUCAACCCUGAGGAAGGCUCCCAUCUUGCUCUCCCUUCAGAGACACACAUGGAUGAAGCCUCCUGUCCACAGAACACUAAUCAACAGAUGACCAUUUCUGCGGCACAUGUCAACCCUGAGGAAGGCUCCCAUCUUGCUCUCCCUUCAGAGACACAGAUGGAUGAAGCCUCCUAUCUACAGAACACUAAUCAACAGAUGACCAUUUAUGCGGCAUAUGUCAACCCUGAGGAAGGCUCCCACCUUGCUCUCCCUUCAGAGACACAGAUGGAUGAAGCCUCCUGUCCACAGAACACUAAUCAACAGAUGACCAUUUAUGCGGCACAUGUCAACCCUGAGGAAGGCUCCCAUCUUGCUCUCCCAUCCACAGAACACUAAUCAACAGAUUGUGACAGAUAUCCAAAAUGAACAUGAGAUGUUUUUACCAAGACUGAGACGGACUAAAAGUAUCAUAAUUCUGGUGAACUAUAUGAUUCUACAUCAGAGAGCGCAGAUGAGUAUGUUCCAGAAUCCAUCUCCGAAAGUGAGGACAGUGAUUGUAGCCUGAAACUAAACUUAAGGACAGAACGGCAGUCUCUUUAUGAUCUAUUGAAUGACUCUGGCUCAAUGAGUCCCCCAGUCUGUGACACCACAACACCAGAUCACGUGACCUUUGAAAGCAACAGCAUUACAUUCACUGUCGCUGGAGUCACUGGAGCGGCAGAACCCUGCUCAAGUCAGGACACAACUGACAGCGUAGUUGUUAAUGGUUCCCAAAAAAAAAACACCAAUCGAGUGUACGACAAGAGACAUUAUUGCUUGUAUUGCAGUAAGCCUUAUGCCAAGAUGGCAAGGCAUCUAGAACAUGCACACAAUGAUAAAUGUGAUGUGGCUAAAGCGUUCAGCCUACCAAAGAGUUCCAUGGAGAGAAAGAAACAGCUAGAUUAUAUCCGGAACAGAGGCAACUAUGCUCACAAUGCUGCUGUUAUGGAGUCAGGGAAGGGGGAACUAGUACCAUGGAAACGACCAACUAAAGAAGCACAGGGAAAGGAUUUCAUGCACUGUGCAUACUGCCAAGGACUUUUUACAAGAAAGGUCCUGUGGCGACACAUGCAAACUUGCAAGCUUCAACCUGGAUCAGUCAUCCUGAAACCAGGAAAGAACCGCAUUCAGUCCAUGGGUACAUACACGGGGCCUGUGCCUUCACACGUGAGUAAACAAAUGUGGGGAGUAAUCGGUGCCAUGACUGCUGAUCCAAUCACAGAGAUAAUAAAAAAGGACCAUGUCAUUACUGAUCUUGGGCAGCAUCUGUUAAACAAAGGUGGGAUGUCAGCAAAGAAUCAACAGUGUGUACGUGAGAAGAUGUGAGAAAUGGGAAGACUGAUUUAUAAUGCCAGGAGAGUUACCACUUUAAAAACAAUGGAAGACUUCAUAAAUCCAAAGGGUUACUUGGAGAUGAUCAAAGCUGUCAAGAUGACUUGUGGCUAUGAUAGUGACACCAACAAAUUCUCAAUUCCAUCACUCGCAAAUAAACUUGGGAAUGCCUUAGUUAAAGUCAGAAAACUCUUAAAAGCUCAGGGUUUGAUAUCGGACGACCAAAAGCUUGUGAGGAAUGCCAGUGAGUUCCAAGAAGUCCACAGUGAAAAGUGGAACGAGAUGAUAUCUGCUACAGCACAAAGGAACAUCGCUGAAGCAAAGUGGAACGUGCACACUCUAAUGCCCUUCACUGAGGAUGUUCAAAAAAUGCAUCAGUUUCUCAACCAAAUGCAAGAUGAUUGCAGCAGUGCAUUAUCUGAAAGUCCUUCUACAAAGGCCUGGGUAGACCUGGCAAAGGUGUGUUUAGCACAGAUUAUCCUCUUUAACCGACGCAGGGAAGGAGAGGUUGCCAGCAUGCCCUUGUCUGCAUUUUUGACGAGAGACGUGUCUGAUCCCCACCAGGAUUUGGACUGGGCACUUUCCGAAGUGGAAAAAAAACUUUGCAGACAUUUCCCAAGGAUUGUCAUCAGGGGAAAGCGAGGUAGACCUGUUCCAAUUCUUGUGACUCCAAAAAUGCUGUGUGCAUUAGAACUCCUGGUUUCGCUGAGAGAAGCUUGCGGGGUUCUUAAAGACAAUAGUUAUAUGUUUGCAAGACCCCUAGCUAAAUCACAUUUCCGUGGUUCAGACUGCCUCCGUGGCUUUGCAAAGGCAUGUGGUGCAAAGUGUCCCAAGGCGCUGACAUCCACCAAACUACGAAAGCAUGCUGCGACCCUUUCAACAGUGCUGAACAUGACAGACACAGAUAUGGACCAGCUGGCCAACUUUCUUGGUCAUGACAUUAGGAUCCAUCGUGAGUUCUAUCGACUCCCUGAGAAGACACUGCAACUCGCCAAGGUCAGCAAACUUCUAAUGGCACUCGAGCAAGGAAGAUUAGCUGAGUUCCAUGGCAAGAACUUGGAUGAAAUCGUGAUAGGUCCAGAUGAAAAACUUCCGGGGAACUAUGAGGAAGGACACUGUUCAUCUACUAUUGAUGAACCAGCAGCAGAGGAGACUCUUCCUCCUAUAGUGGGGAAUGAAAUCCCACCAACACGCAAGAGACACAAACCGCCAUCAGCAGAAGAUGAGGUAUCUUCUGGAGUCAGUGCUGAGACCUUCUUCCAAAGAACCAUCAGCAGAGGACACUCUUCCUCCUAUAGAGGGGAAUGUAAUCCCACCAACACGGAAGAGACACAAACCGCCAUCAGCAGAAGAUGAGGUAUCAUCUGGAGUCAGUGCUGUGAGACCUUCUUCCAAAGGUAAAGCUACCCAGAAAAGAACACCCUGGCAGCAGACAGAAGUGCAGGCCGUGGAGAGGCACAUGAAACGAUUCAUCACCUCUUGUGUUGUACCGGCAAAGAACGACUGUGAGAAAUGUUUAAGGGCUGAACCAAAAGCUCUCAAGAACCGAGACUGGCAAACCCUGAAAUCUUAUGUUCAUAACCGCAUUACGGCCUACAAAAGAAAAGUGCAGCGUAAUUAGUGCAGCGAUUACCAACUAACAGACUGGUAAUGUAGUUUAUGUUUGUUGUGUUUUAAAUUUUUUUUCGAUUACAGUUCGAAUCUGCAAUUUUAUGUUUAUAACCGCAUUACUGCCUACAAAAAGUGCAGCGUAAUUAGUGCAGCGAUUACCAACCAACAGGCUGGUACUGUAAUUUUAGUUUGUUUUGCUUUAAAGGUUUAUCCAUUAAAGUUCAGAUCUGCAAUUUAAAUCUGAAUUUGAUUUCCUGGAGUUUAACUAAUGACAUUCAUUACUAGGAACUACAUGUAAGUCAUUGUUUCAUGACAAACCAGUAAGAUAAUUACUAGUUUUAUUAGGGUGGUGCUAAGUGUUAGGCAACUGAGUAGUAGCUACAUAUACAACCCCAUUGAACACCUUUGUCCAUGUCCAACAAGCUCAUAUAGGUGUGACAGUCAGGUGUUCACUGAAUUUUGGCCAUAUAUUGUUUAAUGUGUUUGUGGCAUGGAUGGUCUCAUCAUGGGUAGCAGCUUGCUGACUAUGAAAAAAUAAUGAGACAGGUAGCAGUUUACAGUAUGUCACAGGAGCGACUGUUUAUGCUCCGCCAUUUUUAUUGUGUUUCAACCUUGUGAUAAGAGAGGUAAAAUGCAUGUUUGACUUGAUGUAGAUGUAGGCCUAUAUAAUUUGCCAUUUUAAUGUAGAAAUAAUAAUAAUAGUAAUAAUGAUAAUAAUAAUUCUAGCAUGGUCCCCAGUAGUCAA